CUGAACGUUUAUGAUUAACAAUAUUGCACUUUCGGUCGAAUAAUAAAUAAAUUUAACAUUGGUAGAAUUUUCAAUUUACAUAGAUACACACACACACACACAAAUACACACCCUCUCUCUCACACACAGAGACGAGUUUCUGUCACAUAGAAACCAAACUGAUGACAUUCACAUAUGUAGUGUGGAGAGUGUUCUUUCUCUGUUAUCUUUCAAAAUGUGGGUAAAACAAUUUGUGGAUGACAUAAAUUUCUGGCAUAAUAUCUCAAAUGAGGCGUGUCAUAAAACUGCAAUAUAAUGUUUGUGUGACUCGUCUAAUUUGUGAGAAAAUACAAAGAGAAAAGAAGACUUGAACAUAAUUAUGAUUGGAAUACCAUCUAAGAUAUGUGAAAUGAUAACGCGAUACAACUUAUAUUCGAUUAGUAUAAUCAAUAUAAAUUGGCUCGACCUGAUUUCCUAUCGUUCAAUGGAAUUCGAUAUAGUAGGCAUGGAAAUUAACAGUAAUAGAAGUGAAUUGAUUAUUUGAAUCCAGGAGCAGUCGUCAACUGUGAGAUGGAAGUACAUUUAGAUGACGAGUCCCAAAUACAACCGAAAGCGCGUCACGGAUUCCACUGCUAGCCACUAUUUAUCACUGUAUAAAUAUGUACACAAUGUUUAUUAAGCUAGACAGAUAAUGAUUUCGCUGAAAAAAAUGCAUCAAGUUUUUUUGUUGGAUUACAAAAAAACGACCACAAUAUGAGUCGUAAUCGUGUAGAAACCUUGUGAUUAUGAUUGCAAAUUUCAUAUGCUGAAUUAUAAUUUGAAGGAGAAUAUACAACCUAUUAGAUCCCUGAUAGUAUCCAGUAAUCAUAAUCUGUAAAUCGAAUUAACCUUCAUGAAUUUCCUAAUCAUUAAAACAGUGAGAUAAUUUAGUAGUUAAAAUGAUGCAGUGAAGUUUGUAUAAAUGUUAAACACAUAUUUGAUAAGCAUUAUAUAUUACGCAACACUUACUCAUCAUCUCUGAUUAAUUAGUUUUUAAUCUCCUUUCCUUACUAACCAUCAAUUCUAGGGUUGAAGUUUUAUUUUUGGUAAUCUCACUUUUAUAUGAUGAUAAUAUAAACUACCUUCAUCAAAUAUCACAUAAUAUUAUCAAAAUUUUAUGAAAUUCUUAUCUCAAUAAUUUAGGCUUAAAGUUUACCAUACCAAAUUAUUAACGUUAAAUAUGUGCAUGUGUGACCUUUAAUUCUUACAACUAUAUUUUGAACCAGUUCAGCUUCUUAUCUAUAUGCCUUGUAAACGGAUCCCACUUUAAUAUAACGAGAGAGAUUACUGAUGAAAAUAUAUAAAAAUUAAUAAAGUUUACUUAAAUAUAUUUUCAUCCUCUAGUUGACAGGCUAAUGAUUUUAGUGAUAGAUUCAUAUUUAGUCACGCGUCAACUAUGUAUGAUAACGUUCAAACAAUAGAUAAGAAUAUUUAUGAAAUACAGUUUUAAAAAAUGCCAUCACAUACAAUAUAAAAUAAUUAGAUUCUCUCAAUAUUUAAUUUCAACUGACUGUUGUAAAGUUAAUCUAGACAACUAGAUUGACAGAACGUUCGAUUGUUUUAUGUAUAUCAUGUUAUCAUAUUCGAGCAACUGAAAUGUGAAUGAGAAAAACAAAAUAUAGUCAUUUAUGUUUCAAGCUGAUUAUUUAGAUAUUUUCAUAGUUGAAAUCAUGAGAAAUCACUACUUCCUAAUUAUACCGUUGACUAUCAAUGAAAUCAGGUUAAAAAUAUGAAGCGGUAGGUUCCAUCCUAACGGGUUAAAGGUUUGCUGCUCUAUGAGGACGUUAUCCACACAGAGUUAAUUUUUAUGGAAUGCUGCGACGUCCCGACGUAGUAUGAAGUACUUGUUCAGUCAUUGGUAGCUUUAAAUAGUCCUUCAUUCUGUGUUAAUUUAUUACGAAAGAAUUCUUUAAACCAUGUAAACAUCCAUUAAUGGUUUGAUUUCAUGACGUCUGACCGAAGAUCCAUUCACAAUAUGUGAAUCAAGCGUACAAAAUAUAGGCUAACAUAGCCUUCACAACCAUCUUACUCAAUCUACUCACUUGAACGUACACUCUUGUCAAUGAUAUAUUCACUUCAUGGAAAUUAAUGUUAAUUCUAGAUUAAUGUUGAAAUAAAUUAAUAAAAAAAGUAUGUCAUUAUAUUUAAUUCUUUAAAUUUAAGGUGGCCUCUAAAUAAUGGAAAUAAUGAAGGUUCAAGUAUAUUGUGAAGUUUAUGCAUGACAAUAAAAAGUGCAAAAUAAGUAAAUAAAUAUGAAGUGUGAUACUUAUGAGUGUAUAUAUAUACCAUAAUAUUCUAAAGGGCUUUAAAAGUAUAUUCCACUUUGUUUCUAUCUACUAACUCACAUAUAAUAAGUAAACAAAAUUGUAUAUUUACAAAAUAGUGAGAAAGAAAAGUUACAUGAAGAAAACUCUUAAUACCAAC